GGUUGGCAAUCAUGUGUGUUUGUUUUUGCAAGAUGUCAUUCACCUUCUAGUAUUAUUCUAGUUAUUUCGUACGAAUUAAUAUAUUUUGUCGCAUAUUAAACCUCGGGAGAUAACAAAUUAUCAUCAGUGUUGGUUUUUAUGUGAUUUCGGGUCUUAUCACUUGUCGGUGAUUGGGUAACAUAACCUCAAUGGCCGAUCGUUUGACCCAGCUCCAGGAUUGCAUAAAUCAGCAAGCCGAGCAUUUCUGCAACAGCAUUGGGAUUUUGCAACAGUUCGCCCCUCCUAGCAAAUUCCCAAACUUCGACAGGAGUGGCUCCCAAACCCCCCAGCAACAGAACCAAGAAGACUACGUCCAGUUAUUCACAACGUUGAUUGCGCGCUGUGCCAAAGACAUAGAUACUUUGAUUGAAUCGCUCCCGAGCGAGGAAAAUUCAACCGAAUUACAGUUGCAAAGCUUGCGAAUUUUGGAAUCAGACAAUCAAGAGUCUGCUGAGCGUCUCGAGGCUAUAGUUCGUAAAGGUCAGGAUCUCUUGGAGCAAAUCCAGGCGGCGUUGAGCGACAUCGCCCAAUCACAGCUGGACAUGCAGCAUUUGACAAAAGCGGGGAGUAAGGAUAGUUAAGUGAGCUGUUAAUGAAUUUUAUUUGCGGUUGUGAUGAAAAACAAACACAAAUAACCAUGUACUAUUUACAGAAACAUAUAUACAAAUAAAAAAGAUAAUUUAAAUUUUA